AAAUGUCGAUGGCGAAUUGGGCUUUCAAAUAACAUGAUUUUUUGGAGCUUCACAGAAAUGGCGUUCCAGUCAUUCCCGACCACAUAAAUAGUCACAGCGACGUUCCAAUUCCAUUCCACACCAUCGCGCACCUACCUACCUUUGCUUUUGAAUAAAAAAAUAUAGGGUUAACUGAAAGUCCCAAAUCCGACUAGUCCAACUGUCUGAACAGAUCUUUAUUUGACAACAAAAUACAAAACUGUGGAGAUUGGAGAGGGAGUGAUACAGAUUACAGAGAAAACUUCAAAAUUCGCAGUUCCCUGUGAUUCUGUGAAGAUCGACUGUAAUGGGAACCGUUCUCGACUCCCAUUUCUUAGCCCUCACUGCUAUCGUCACUGUGGGUUAUCAGUUGUUGUUCUUCAUACUUACAGCUCUUCUUAAGUUCGACAAAGUUACUGACUUUGCUGGGAGCACCAACUUUGUUAUUAUUGCCAUAUUGACUCUAGUUUUGAAAGGAACUUGGCAUUUUAGACAGAUAAUCUUGACUUUGUUCGUAGUAAUAUGGGGUCUUCGGCUAGCAGGAUUUCUAUUAAUGAGAAUCUUGCAGUGGGGGGAAGAUCGUCGUUUUGAUGAAAUGCGCUCUAAUUUGGGAAAAUUGGCAAUUUUCUGGACAUUCCAGGCUGUCUGGGUAUGGACUGUAAGCUUACCUGUAACAGUUGUCAAUGCGAGUGACAGGAACCCUUCUGUUCAAGCUGUAGAUAUCAUUGGUUGGAUUCUGUGGUCUAUAGGUGUCAUAAUUGAAGCUAUUGCAGACCAGCAAAAGCUUGUAUUCAAGAACUCUCCAAACAACAGAGGGAAGUGGUGCAAUGUUGGGGUCUGGAAAUUCUCUCGACAUCCGAAUUAUUUUGGUGAGAUUUUACUCUGGUGGGGUAUCUUUGCGGCUUCUGCACCAGUAUUAAAAGGCGCUGAAUGGCUUGUAAUCGUAGGACCUAUCUUUCUCACUAUGUUGCUUCUUUUUGUCAGUGGCAUACCAUUGCUCGAGGAGUCAGCAGAUAAGAAGUUCGGUAACAUGGCCGAGUACAAGAUUUAUAAAAGAACAACUAGCCCCCUCAUUCUGCUGCCCCCAGUCGUUUAUGGGAAGUUGCCUGCAUGGUUCAAAGCAACUUUCCUUUUUGAGUUACCUCUGUACAGUCGAAAUAUUCCUCAAGAUGAAACAUCCAACUUGCACUCAAAUCUUUGCACGGUAUAGAAAAAGUGAGAGAGACAGGCAGCAUGGGACUGAAGAUGGAUUAAUCACUCGAUGACCUUGGAUGAUCUAAAUGCGACUUAGAUGUUACUGAUCUGUGUGUAAAAGUGUGGGUUGAUGAGUUCUCAUUCUACUAUGGGAAGCAACUAACAUUUGGGUUUGUACCUAAAAAAAAAAAGGAAAAAUACUAACAUUUGGGUUUUUUCAGAUUUAUGUAUGUAGGAUUCAGAACAGUUCUCCCAACUUCAUGUUUUAUGAUUAUUCCUUUAGUUAA